ACGGGCAGAAUGGCUACCCAGUGCCGUAGCUCCAAAUGCACGGCAGAAAGAAAGGGGUUCCGACGGGAACUCGACUCUUGGAGGCACAAGUUGAUACAUUGUGUGGGAUUUGAAAGCAUACUGGAAGGAAUUUAUGGACCAAUGUUGCUCAGAGAUCUAAGUAUUUUUGAAGACUGUGAACCAGAAGAUAUAGAUGAUUGGUCAGAAGAUGCAAGAUGUUCGUUUUGCAAUCUUCAUCUUGAAAAACUAAGUGACCAUAAUCCCACAGUUGCCUCUCCUCAGUCCCCCCCCUGUCCAGACACACCUCCACCUCAGGGCCAGUCCAACACUGAGAAAGUCCAGUGCCAAGCAGACCGAUUCCUCAACACAGUCUUUUGCAAGAAAGACUCUCCUCGGAGCUGUGAUGGGAGCAUUCCCCAUGUGGCUCGCGAACUGAUGAGGAAAAUGAUCCACCAGUUUGCCAUUGAGUAUGCGUCCAAGAGUCAGCAGGAGGGCAAGAAUGGCUUCUCUGUGGACUCUGUUACCUCCGCACACUGCAGUGUCCCUGAGCAGCCACAUGAGGAUGGGCCCCUAGACCUCACGGUGACCCGCGGCCACCUGGAGCAGGAUCACGCAGAUGGUGUGCUUGACCUUUCAAGAAAGAAAAUGGGUGGCUCAUCAAAUGCAUCCUCUCCAAAAACCUCAGGCUCCCCGAAGAUGCAUGAGGAUAAGGACCAAGAAGUAGAGAACAAAGACGCAUCUUGGAUAAAAUCUGAAGACAGAAGCACUGUGUUGGAAAUGGUCCUCUCUACCCUGUGUCCCUACCACAAAAGGCUUCUCCACUGCAUCCUGAAAUUCGUUCAUGAAGAUUACACAGUGUCAUUGGGCUUGAGGGAUUCCCGCUGUGUGGCUCCCUCGUCAGAGUGCAGGUGUUCUCAUGACAGAAGGAAGUUAUGUGAAGACGGAGGAAGUAGAACUAUUGCCUGCUGCCAGCAGUCAUGCCAAUUGACAGAGAAAUCUGACACUUCUCGCUGCGAUUGUGUGAAGAACCUUCACAUACCGGCCUGUCCAAGUGUUUCACUCAGCUGCAUCAAAAAGGUUUGCACUACCUCUUCUGAUUGCGAAUGCCAUCAGGAAACAAUGUCAUGCACGUACCAUACAUGCAAAGAUCAGCCUUGUGCAAUGCAUAGCAAGACAAUGGAGAGCAUAACAUCACAGACCCCGCACCAGCUAACCUACUUAAAUACCUCUGAUUGUUGCCACAGCCCACCUCCUCCUCCACUGUCACCAAUGCCCUUGGACACUAAUCUGAAAAUUGCUGAAAGUCACUCAGUAAAUGAAAGUUCAGAGUGCAAGCCCCAUUGUAUGGAUCCACCCUGUCUAGAAGAGGAGACUGGUGAAUUCACAUGCUUAGUUGAAGCUGACCAGAUGGUUGGAUGUACUAGUGAUGGCAAACAGGAUGACCUAAAUGUCGAAGGAAAGAAGUCUUUAGAUGAGCAUGACUCUUUAAUGGGAGACUUUAUGGACAGGAUCACAGAAAAACUAAAGUCCAUCACAGAAGAAAAGAAAUGUGACUUGCCAGACAGCCCAAGCUCUGAUUCCAAAGAUGACAUUCACUUUAAAGAGAUUAUAACAAAAGUAUUGCACAGCAGUAAUGAAAAUGACUAUGAUUUGAACAAACUUCUACAGCAACAUGAAGGUGACAAAAACAAAUCUCCUCAGACCCGAUCACGCAGUAGGCAAGAAAUGAUGGCUGCCAUGUCUCGUUCCCCUGAUCAACCAUCAAUACGGCGACAGAAUUUGCAAAUUAAAAUGGACAUUGCUAGACUUACCCCACCAACGUAUAAGAAACGGCUUGGCAAGCAGAAAAGGAAAAUUGAAAACAAAGAGUCUGAAUCAGUACCUCAGUUGAAUAUAGAAGGGCAGUUACCCGUCAGUGUAGAUGUGCAAGUUUCAAAGGUAUCAUCAGAUCAGCAGAAGAGUGAUUCACCCCGAGACGGUCAAGAAAAAGAUAAUUGUGAUCUUACAAUGGAAAACGGUUGCCAAGAAGGGGUACAAAGUAUAAGGAGAAUAGAGACAGUCCUCCCACAAAAUACACAAAAGUGUGUACCGUUGGUGGACACUGUGGAAACAACCAGAGCAAGAAGAAAUAUUGUGCCUCCACAGCGUUUUUCCUCCUAUGUCACAGAACCCAGAAAGAUGUACUUUGCAGCAUGUUUUUCUGAGAAUAUCUUUAUUCGACAAACACCUAAAGACAUUGCACUGAAAGAUACCACCACCACCAUAGAGGUGACUGAUACUUCAACGGAAAUAAACCAGAAAGUCCUGUCUCCAAAACAUGACACUGGUGUUUGCCCAAAUGUGAAACUUCCCACUGAUCAAACCUCCAUGGAUGUUGACUCUACCACAGCAACUGCUCCAUGUCCGAAAGAGAAAGAAACAAACCAGAGCUUUUUAAAGAAAAUUCCAGAAGAGCAAGGCAGUCCACAAAAAGAUACUUCUCCAGUUGAUGAUUUGGCCAUAAACACAGACGAACAAUUAAUUGACUGCCAGAACUGUCCAUCAGAACUCCAUUAUUCAAGUCCAAUAAAACUUAUGUUUGUGUCGCCCGUGGUUGGGGAAGAAGGAAUGCGGUAUGUCCUUAAAUCAGCUUCUUCAAAUCUCUCAAAAGGAGAGGAGUUUGAUCCCUGUGAAUCCGCGUCAUGGGGUACACCUGAUGCUACCAAAAACACUGAAGGCAUUAUCCCCGAAAACUCAUCACCAAAGCCUGUUGAAAAUGAACAAGAUGAGAAUUCAAUCUCUCAAAAUGUUCUGGCUUCUAACAAAGAAAGCCUUUUUGUCCCAGCAAGCAAUGAAGUCCACAUCAGGGAUGUGAGCCCUGUAAAGAGACGACCUGGUCGGCCUAAGAAGUUGGGCCCCCAAAUCCCCAAGCCAGCCAAACGACCGAUUGGUAGGCCACCUAAGCAUAAGAUUGUGGACCCUGGUGGCGGUGUUUCUGCUGAAAAUGACAUGUCUGUGAGGGACAAACCAUCUGAUGCUUCUUGUGGUGAUGAUGGCUCCAGUAAAAACCUCAAAAUAACAGUUGUGUAUGGAAGAUCUCGACGGAGUAGGAGAUUGGUAUCAGAGAGCCAUGAACAGACGGAUUAUGUGAAUGAAGUCCAGUGUCAAAGAAAACACAGUGAGCCCAGUACAAUGAACACCCCAGUGGAUAAUGUUGGAAACAAUGGAACAGAUGCAGAUUCCCUUUCAGAAACUCCCAAAGAGCAAACGGAGAAUUUAAACUUUGUGAGACCUGUAAAGGAAAGGAAAUGCACUCCUAAUUCGAAAAGUCAUAUAAAGUGUCAAAAAAGGAUUGAAACUGGGGCUAUCCGAAAGCCAGGAAGACCACCAAAGGUAAAAAUUUCAGGAAUCUCAGUCACUGUUACUACAGUGUCACCCAGGCAACGCAAGAUCCGUAUGAAUAGAGAGAUGAAGGACUCCCCUCCAAGAAGAAGGUAUCUUCUCCCACAGUAUAAUAAACAUACUGAGGCAAGUGAGACCAAGAACAUCAUGGAUGAACAACGCAAAGAGAUUUCUGAUAUAUCUGGUCAAGAAAGGGUUGAGGUAAAAACACCAGAGGUAGGCGUGAGGCAUUCUGUCAGAGAAAGAAAGCCUUCAAUCUAUUUGCUACACUCUGUUGCCACGUCGAGAUCCUUUAGCCAUAGCAAUGCAUUGUUGCGUAGGUCUCGCCAGGUCCUCCUCAACAAAGCGAACAGUGAGUAUAAAAAGCUUGACGAUUUGAAAGGAACCACAAAUAAUGCACUUUCAAUAAACCACACAGUUAAAUCAGUUGCCAACAUGAAGGAUUUGAGUCAGUUUUCUGAUAUUUCCAUGGACUCAAUAUUCACAUCAAGUGAACCAUUGGAAUGGUGGCCAACAUCUGCCUCGCCUACAACCUUAAAUGAAGAAUCGGACCGAAGAAUCAAACUCAUCUCUAACACAUGGAUCUCAGGCAUAACAGAAAAUGACUGUGGUGAUCUCAAGCCACAGAUCUCCUCAAAGGCCAACUGCUCCGAGACAACACCUGUGUCAGCUGUGAAGAUGCUCUUUGACAAACACUAUAAUAUGGACAACUUGUGCACUUGGUUCAUGCAAACAACGGAAACACAGUCUCUGGCAAUUGUCAAGAAAGUAAGUGCUAGGAAUCCAUAUGAAAUUAUGCACUCCAAUCCCUUCCGGGUUUCUAACAGAACCAAUGUUUGCCCAAGUCCUCAAUCAGAAAGCCUGAGAAAGCCUGUUAAGAAAUUUGCAAAGGUUGUCCCAAAGACUCCGAAGACGUACCAGCAGGCACAGGUGAUUAUGUGCAAUAGCAUUCAAGCAAACCACAUCUUGCUGAAGAGAUCAAAGGGGAAAAUGCCUGCUGUUACUCAAAGUGGAUGCCUUAAAACAUGGGAAAAAUACAGAAAUACCCUGCAGAGAGUACGGUCAAAAUUUGACUCCAAGAUUAGUCAGAGAGCUCGCAGUAAAACCAUUUCUGAUGUUAACACAGAGAGUGAAGUGUCUCUAGUUUCAAAUCUUCUGCAGACUACUGUCGACCAAGGAUCUGUCCCUCCACAGACAGUAGACACUUUAACCACGUCUUUAAAUGAUGAAGGAAUGAACAAUUCUGGACCACUGACUAAAGAAGAGAGGAUCAGCUCCAAGGCAUGGAGUGCUGAAUCACUGAAGGAGUGCAGGGUGUUCCUUAAAAAGAUAAAUUCCCCAGGCAACAAACUGACUGCUGAAGAAUGUAAAAUUUGUACAGUGGAACCGUGCCGUGUCAUGCCAUCAAGGUACAGCACAACAGCUGAGCACAAUAAGUUGGAGAGGCUAGAAGCAGCGGAAGGGUUGAGGAGCCCAUCGAGAGAUCCCCUAAAGCCACACUCCCUUCAGAAAGAGCAGCAAGUGCCAGACAGAGGGGUGACAACAGGCAAACACAAGAGCCUCGGCGGAAGUGAGUCACCACCUGCUAAAGCGGCGCGACAAUCGAGAAGGAGCAGAGGAUUAUCCACAGCAAGAUGGAGUGACUAUAUACUGGGGAGUGCCAAAUGAGAGGAGGGAAAUCCCACAGCUGUGAACCAGGUGCCUUCAGUAGCUCUCACGAGAAAGUGAGCAGUUGGACACACAACCUCACAAAGCGAAAUGUAGCAUAACUUUUUAAGUUUAACUGUCAUAGUUGCACUAUUUAUGUGUCAUUGACCAUUUUUACCUUUUUCUAUUUUUUUUUUACUUGUCUUAUGUUUCCUUGUAUGUUUUUGUCAUUUUAAUUUUGCCUUACAAGUACCAACCCUGCUGCCCUAGUAGUUGGAAAAAAGGAAUUCAAGUUCACUUUCUUGUAUUUUAUCGCACACAAAUGCAAAAGAGAAAUGCUAUUGGUUAUAUUGUAAUGGAAAUGAUUAUGAGCCCAUCCCUCAAUCUAAGAAACAGUACAUAAUUAACAAAAAAUCUAAUUAUUUGACUGACCCAUCCCAACCAUCAUGAAACUUACUUAGUUAAACAUCAGUUAAACAUCAAAGCAUUAUUUUAGUUUUGCAGGUGCCCAUAAGUAGCAUUUGUGGUCCAGCAAAUUAAGCCUCUAAGAUUUGUGUAGGUUGUGGUACGUCUCCACGAUGCAAUCAUAUCUUUUAAUGUUUUUUUCUUUCUUUUUUAAAAGAAUGUGCUGUAGUUGUGCUUUUAUGUUAUAAAAUACCACAAUUAAGACUCUGAAUGCCAAUCAGCUGUUCUCAAAUGUAAAGCUUUAUCUUCAGAUAAUGUUUAAGUACCUGUCUCUUGCUGUGAGAGUUGCCUACCUCUUGAUUUAAUCCACUGUAAAAUUCCUCACCCUUGUAGACCCAUACCAAGAUACAGGACCUUUCUUGACUCACAGUUGUGGCAGAAAUAUGGCGAGAUGCACGUUUUACUGUACAAGUACUUUCCCCCAGAUUGGUGUUACUCAGAUAGGGCUCUGUAGCUCCCCAGGGACACAUUGGUGGGGGGUGCUCAGCUGCAAUUGGGAAUUCUGUGUCUAUUUUAUUUUUAUACUUAGGGGGUGUUGGCAGGUCAAGGGGUGCUGCCCUAGAUGGUGUAAAGUGGGAAGCCAUGCUCAUUGCUCACCUAAUUAGUCUCAUUAAAUUAGUCUCAUUCUAUUCUUGAUGGCUCAGGCACUGCCUCAAAUGUGCACUUCACUUGUAAACAUUUUCAAAAAAAGAAUGACUUGUGACUACUUACACUACAAAUGUACAGUGCUGCACAUAUCUGCAGUAAAUUUCAUAAACUGUCCAUCACAAAAACAACAACCUUGUUGGUGUCUUGUUGCAAGGCUAAGUAAUCCUAAGGUAUAGAAGUGUGUCACAUGCCUUGUAUAUAGAAUGCUCUAAUACCUCAAUUAAACUUCCCCACAUUUAUAUUUCUAUCAUUUUGGAUUUACAAUUCAGAAAACUAAAGUGUCUAAUAAAAUAAAAAAACGUGAUUAAGGUCUAUCUUGAGUGUUACUGGAUUUAACUGGUAAUUCUCUUAGAAAGGGAUGCAUUAAUUUCAUUGUUUUGUCUUCUGUAAAAUGUUCUUCAGUCAAGCCACUUGCUUUAUCCAUUCCAUGUUGCCAUCCUUCUUAUGUUUCUGGCCUCCACUGUACGACAGUGUGAAUGUGUGUUCACAAACACAUGGACACCUUGUGCCCUGGGUCUGUUACAAUGAGGUGCCAUGGAAUGCCUCCACUGUUCACACUGAGGUAAUCCUUCAGGGUGCGUUUUCUGAAUCUACUGUUAAUCUGUAUAGGAGAAAAAAAAACAUUAUUUAGUCUGUUCAGUCUUGGGAUGUCGUUAGAAUUCCACUGUUGGAUAACUUGGUGCUAUAUGAUGUAUACAGCUACAGAUGUGUAUUUUAUAUGUUUUAAGUGUUUUUUUUACUGAGUUUGAAAGGGUGCAAAGGAAAAUAUUGUCAUUAGUAUAAUAAAACAUUCUUUCAA